GGUUUUGUGGAGUUUUGUCCUUCUCUGCCUAUAAACCUAAUUCAAGCACUUCUUCUUCUACCUCAGUCACCGCGUAAUUCAACUGUUUUUCAGAAGCCGAAGUUGCAGACGUCGCUAUGGUUAAGUACUCGAGGGAACCCGACAAUCCCACCAAAUCCUGCAAAGCCAGAGGUUCGGACCUCAGAGUCCACUUUAAGAACACAAGGGAAACUGCCCAUGCCAUCAGGAAGUUGCCGCUGGUCAAGGCCAAGAGGUACCUAGAGGAUGUACUUGCCCACAAGCAGGCCAUUCCUUUUCGUCGCUUCUGUGGUGGUGUUGGACGAACUGCCCAGGCAAAGAACAGGCAUUCCAAUGGCCAAGGGCGCUGGCCUGUCAAAUCUGCCAAGUUUAUUCUAGAUUUGCUUGUGAAUGCCGAGAGUAACGCUGAAGUUAAGGGUCUGGAUGUUGAUUUGCUCCACGUAUCUCACAUCCAAGUAAACCAAGCUCAGAAGCAAAGGCGUCGAACCUACCGCGCUCAUGGAAGAAUCAACCCAUACAUGUCUUCUCCUUGCCAUAUUGAGUUGAUUUUGUCUGAGAAAGAAGAGCCUGUUAAGAAGGAGCCUGAGACUCAGCUGGCUACAGGCAAAUCGAAGAAAGGUCGAGCGAUCCGAAGCGGUGCUUCUUCUUGAAUCAGAAGUACAAAUUUUGAUCUGGGUUUUACAGUGCCAUUUUUGUUUUGAAGUGAGUUUAAUUAUAAGUCACUAUAUAGGAGGUAUUAUGAUUUAGAUGUUUUGUGUGACAUGUUAUACUCGGAACCUUCCAGUUCAAGUUGCUAUCACAUUAUAUGAUAAUUUGAUUCAAUUUUUCAUAAUGAGAUCAGAUUGAUCCCCC